AUGUCUAAAAUCCAGGUUUCACAGUGGAUUGAUAUUUCUGAAGCCCCGAGUGCUGAGAAACCGGGACAGGUCUCGGAAGUUGAUUUUCCCGGGCUCCCCAAAUCGAACGAGAUGAAAAGCCCGCCAAGCAAGAAAAUAACAGUUGAGCAAGACGACCAAAGCUUGCUCAUUGAUUUAUCAUCGGACCUGGCAGUCAAAUGGCAGACCUCAACACAGGGCAAGGGACAAACCUCUCAAAAAGACAAGUCACCCCCGGAAACAUCGAAAAGUUCCUCAGUCACUAAGUGGCAAGGCUCCUGGGGGACCAAAGAUAUCCAAGAGGCACUCGCAAAAGACCGCGAGAAGGGGUGCAUCGCACGGCCUACGCUUGCAGCGGAGGUGACAAGGGCGACGCCCGAGUAUCUAGCCGAUGAGAUGGAUAUGGACGACCCAGAGCAUCCAUACUUCUGCGCCUCUAAUUAUUUUUGCAUCGGCAUGAACAAAUAUGUCUGCCCUAAACUUGGAUGCGGCAAAUGCUUCGAUAACCAGCCAGCCAUCAUCAGGCAUCUAAAGUCUCCCGCACAUGGCGAUAAGUCGUAUCAGUGCCCUAAAUGCUCGCGGAUUUUUAAAUCGGUGGAAGCAAUUUCAUCCCACGCGGAGUCCGCGGGGCACUGCCGAGUUCGAGAGACGGAACACUAUGGCGCAUUCAUCGACCAGCUCACCGGAGGAAUUGUAGGGGUUGACUCCAGCGGUAGACAUGGCACUGUCAAGUAUAAUGCGAAUCAGUCAACUGACAAAGUUUUCUGGUGA